GUGAUGUGGAUUACGAAGAGUUGUUGCGGAGAGAGCUGGCAGAGGAGGCUACUGGCAAUCCGCAUCCAGAAAACUCGUUGAGGCCACGGGCGAGAGGCAUGAAACUCACGGAAGAGAACCUGAAGCUGUGGAUUAGCAUCAAUCCCAAGGAGCCGUCAUCCCGCCAACAGACACUUGAUCAGUACGUCAAGUCACAAAGGGCGCUCCUCGAGGCGGAGGCCCUGGCACACGCCCGCGCCAUGCGAGAGUCUCGCCAUCUAGAUGAUAAGAUGCGUGACGCCUACUCUCAGCUACGUCGUUCUGCAUAUGAGCUCGGUAGCGCUGCUCAGCCAACGGACGACUCGGGCGGGAUCCGUAUCAAAGCUCCUCGUACUGUCUCAACUCCGAAUGCCCUCCUGACCCACGGCCGGGAAGCUACGCUUCUAGAGAAUGGCAUGAUUGUAGAACAUGUUGACGUUCGGAAGGAAGAACGGGAGGAACGUGAGCGUCGCAAAAGGGAAGAGAGACGGGAACGAAGCCGUGUCAGAAAGACCUCGAAAGCCUCGCGUGCGGAUGCUACGUCGGUGUACUCUCUGCAGACCCCUCUACCCACCGACAGUGGCUUCUUCUCGGGGGUCAGGAACGACUCGCGGUACUCGCAGUCAUUAUCGCAGAGACCGAGCAGUAUCAUGACUGGUGGCGACCUGCCGCUGACUCUGCUGCGGGCACAGUCGCAAGCCUCAUUUUCCGACAUGCAAAGCAAUGGUUCAGCGACAUCUCCUAGGCGCUCGAGAUUCUUCGGUCUCAGGAAUCUCAGUCCGUCAGGCUGGCGGAGUCAAGAGAGUUUUGCGCUGUCUGGUAGCAUGAUGGAUAUGCACGUUGCCCUACAACGGGAGGCGCAAUUUGCGCCGCAGUACCCCAGCCCAGACGCCGUGAACAUCGUGAGCAAUGCUCCAACGUCGCGUCAGGGCGAGUCAUGGCCGCGCAUUGACACAAAGCCGGAGGCGCCCGAGCCUGCUCGAUCGCGGCGGCCCAAUAAGAGGACUCGGGGACUUAAAAAGAUCUGGAGACUUGUCACCGGAUCUUCGAGCAAAAGUGACACUCAACACAAUCUCCGGACGCACUCGCGUUCAUUGGAUAGAACAGACGAUGAUACCCCCCUGGCUCCACCACCGCCCCUAUCAUAUCUUGUCUCGCAAGGCGGGUCAGCUCGACGACACAGCUCGACGACUUCGCUGCCAUCUACUGUCUCGCCGAACACGUUGUCGCCGUAUGCUGCGUCACCUCCCACCGCUCCGUCCAGCCUGCAGCCGUCGCCAACUUCGUCCAGACGAUCUGCUGAUAAGGAUCGUGGCGACCUUCGAAACGGGGCCGAUCAGGAAGACAGCAACCUUGACGCUUCUAUGCCGGACUCGGAGUUGCGUGGUCGCAACACCCACAGCUCAUGGACGUUGUCCAGUACGACCGGGCCUACCACGCCUCCCAUGCCGUCGUCGCCGGGACCAAUGUCGGCUGCCCUGCGCCGAGACAAGAGCUUGCCUCCUCUGCCUGGAGAGUCCAGUGUCGAGUUCCCCGGCCAUCCCAUGCCCGAGAGUCGCCCCCAGACAAUGUUUAUCUACGAUCCACGGUCUGGCCACCCUGGGCUCUCGCCUCCUCAAGCUCCCUUUCGCACUGCGGAAACAAGGAGGCAGUCUUUCGGCGGCGUUGGCUCAAAGCCUUCUUCCCAGAGUCUUCCGAUCAAAAAUGCCCUGGCGAGAGGGCAGCUCAACGUUCCUCCGUUCCUUGCAGAGGAGAAAUAUGGAGAGUUUGGUGCGUCGCGCCUGUCCUUUGGUCAAUGGCCAUGUGCAGAGGCCAGCCAGGGUUCGCUAUCUGCUGCCACCGACAACAAGCCCAAGAAGCGUAAGAGCAGAUUUGGCUUGGCGACGUUGUUCGGGAAGAAAUCGAACGACACCAAGGACGCUGUUGCCGAUCCGCUUGAUCUCUCUGGCUUCCGCACGUCGCCUUCCAGGGAUUCUCGCGAUCCAAAUGUCGUUGCCGGUAGCGGCUACGCCAGCCCUAUCUCUGCGAGCAGCCAUGCCCCGCGUAUGUCUGUCAUGUCCCGCAAGAAUAUUGAGGAACUCGUCGACCAGGAACCUGACUUCAUCGCCUAUCGAUAUCCAUCGAACGACCAACGUCUCGAUCUCCUCCGGUGAUACCCACGCCUCAUGGACCCUCCUGGUGGUUCGACUCAACGCUCGUUCAUUCGCGAUCCUGCUCUCCAACGCAUCCUGCACGCAAUAUCAUAUUUCAGUCCACGUCUGUUCUUCCAUAGUUCACUGCUCCUGCAUCAUUCUCAUGUUCUAUAUUUUGCAUUAUCGCAUCUCGUCCUGCCUUCCUCGCUCGGCCUCAAUUCCGGAUCUUAUCGCGUCCUUCCAUGUCAUUCAUUCGUAAGCGGACCCUAUUCACAAUUUCUCGGCUAAUCCCUCCCAUUGGUUUCGUCAUUGUAUAUCCCUACGCAUUGCGGUUAACCACCGGGAUCGCCUAUAAUACUAGAUCUUACGGCCAUUGAGUUGUCC